AUGGAAGUUAUUCAUGCAGUGCCCAAAUCUCAGUCCACCUCUCCUCCUUUCGCCGAUGCUUUCACCAUUAUACAACAAAGGUCUCCAGUGGCACUGGGCAGGAUGGAGGAAUUCUCUCGCAACCUAGCCACCUGGGCAGCGUCGCAGGCGUUUUCCCGAGUGGUUGUUCUUUCUGGAGCAGAUGCGCAACGAAGGCUGGCUCCUCAGAUUGAUGGGGAUCAGUUCCGUUUUCUUCUUGUAGACCCGUCGCUGCCCGCGCCCGCCUCCCCUCCCUCAUCUUCCUCGCCUGAACCAACUCAAUCUGCAUCGUUCAGCACGUCCCUCCUUCAAUCUCUUGGCUGGAAGCCUCUAGAGAGCUGCGAUCCAUUUGGUGGCCUUCCCUCUGCUUCCUCCUCGCUUCCAACGGGUGCUGAUGGUUCUGGAACAAGCACAGGGGAGAGAGGGAAUGAAGGUCACAUGGAGCCAGAACAAGAGGAGGCUGUUAUGGCAGGGGAAGAAGGUGAAGAGGAUCCGGGGCCGUUGAGGGGUGGUGAAUGGGGGCCUGAGCAAGGACUAAAGUGGAAAGCAGCCUUUCUCCGUAUCUGCAUUGCACUAAAGGAGGUCAACAUUCCCUCUAUUGCACUCCUCGUUUUUUGCUCUGAGGGAGACAAUGUGCCAGAUGCUUUUCACCUAGCAGAACGCCUCACUGCUCUUCUGCCGUCAUCCCUACUCCCAUCUUCUGCUCCACCAAUCACUGAUUUUUCUGGAAGCAUGGAUGGUAUGCACUACGACAGGCCAAGCGUUCCCGCUGUCCACUGUCCAGCUCUUGCAGCAACUCCUGUUUCCCGCAACCGCUUAAGCCGGCCCUCUCCCCGCUGCUCUCUUCGGUGUCCCGGUGCCGCGAGUGGCGCUGAGCAUUCCCUCAGCGCAAAUCUAGCGGCACCGCUGCGCCAGCGAUCGUUGGCGCAAACAAGCGCUGCUACGUCGAGGGGUUCAUUGACAGUGGUGGCGAUGGCGGAAUCAGCAAAGAAAGUUGCGAUACUGAUCAACGGCGCGCCCGGCAAGAUGGGGCGCGCGGUGGCGCAGUCCGCCAUCGCGGCGGGCGUGCCGAUAGUGCCGCUGGGGCUGACAGGCCCGGGGCUGCCCAAGGAGCGGCUGACGUACGGCGACGACGCGUCCGUGUACGUGGACGUGUUCCCCGCCGACGAGCGCGACGCGGUGCUGGCGGAGGCGCGCAAGGACUACCCGGAUCUGAUCGUCGUGGACUACACGUUGCCGGCCGCCGUUAACAGCAACGCGGAGUGGUACAUCAAGAACCGCGUGCCGUUUGUGAUGGGCACGACGGGCGGCGACCGCGCGAAGCUGGCGGCUGACGUGGAGGCGAGCGGGCUGCACGCGGUGAUCGCGCCGCAGAUGGGCAAGCAGGUCGUCGCGUUCCUCGCCGCGCUCGAGACGCUCGCGGAGCAGUGCCCGGGCGCGUACGCCGGGUACAAGCUCAAGGUGGUGGAGUCGCACCAGUCGUCCAAGGUGGACACGUCAGGCACGGCGAAAGAGGCCGUACGGUGCUUCCAGAAGCUCGGGGUCGACUAUGACGUCAGCAAGAUCGAGAUGGUGCGCGACCCAUCGGAGCAGAUGGCGCGCAUGGGCGUGCCGGAGAACUACCUCAACGGCCACGCCUUCCACACCUACCACCUCGACUCGCCCGACAACACGGUGUCAUUUGAGUUCCAGCACAACGUGUGUGGCCGCAGCAUCUAUGCCGAUGGCGCCAUUGAUGCCGUGCUCUUCCUCGCUCAGAAGAUCAAGGAGGGAGACACCAGCAAGACACUUUUCAACAUGAUUGAUGUUCUCAAAGCCGGGAGCAUGCGUUGA